UCUUCUUCCUUCCUUUGCUCGGGCGCAGAAACGAAACCCUAGCUCGCCGGCGCGGCUCGUCUUCGUGGAGGCCCUUGUGGUGUUGCAGUUGCAGAGAGAGAGAGAGAGAGAGAGAGAGAGAGAGAGAUGGCGAAGUCUAUGAGAUCGAAGAGGGAGAAGAGGCUGAGAGCCAUCCGGAGGGAGAUCGUGGAGCCCUUCUACGACAACAAGGACGCCGCGAAGCUCGCCGCCCAGGAGGCCGCCCUCGCCGCUCCCAAGCUCCCCGUCCCCGCUCUCCCCAAUUCCAGUUCCGGUUCCAUGGAGGGCGCCGCCGCCGCCGCCUUCGCCGCCGCCACUUCUUCCAUGGAUGUAGAAAUGGCUGAUGGCAAUCAAAACAAGAGUUCCUUGAAGCCAGCUGGUGGUGUAGGGAAGAAAUCCAAGAGGAAAUUCAAGGUGGGUAAAAACAAGCGCCGCGGUAAGGGCAAUGUCAGGAGAAAGCGCAACAUUUGAACGCCCUUUGGAGGAAAAAUCGUCCCGUAUCGAAGGUUUUUUGGCUGACUGGACCUGGGAUAAGCUUUCCUAAUCCAAGGAUGAGGCUUACUUAUGCUGAGUUCAUAUGUUUUUAACAAUCUAGUAAUAGUGUGCAAAAAGUUUGGUGGGGAGAGUUAUGUAACCAAAAUGCAAUUUUGUCCCUAGUACUUGCAGAGUUUUUGUUAGAAUUAUGUAUCCUGAAUGAAAAAUGAGAAUUUCUACGUCUGUUGCAAUUUCUGUUAGUGGGUAUUCUUCUAAAGAAACUGGCAUACUAUCCCCUGUA